AUGGACAGUUGUGUUCCCUCCCCACCGCCAGCCCCAGGACCCUACACUGAAACCCCGGCAUCCAAUGUGACGGACAGUUGUGUUCCCUCCCCACCGCCAGCCCCAGGACCCUACAGUGAAACCCCGGCAUCCAAUGUGACGGACAGUUGUGUUCCCUCCCCACUGCCAGCCCCAGGACCCUACACUGAAACCCCGGCAUCCAAUGUGACGGACAGUUGUGUUCCCUCCCCACCGCCAGCCCCAGGACCCUACAGUGAAACCCCGGCAUCCAAUGUGACGGACAGUUGUGUUCCCUCCCCACCGCCAGCCCCAGGACCCUACACUGAAACCCCGGCAUCCAAUGUGACGGACAGUUGUGUUCCCUCCCCACCGCCAGCCCCAGGACCCUACACUGAAACCCCGGCAUCCAAUGUGACGGACAGUUGUGUUCCCUCCCCACCCCCAGCCCCAGGACCCUACACUGAAACCCCGGCAUCCAAUGUGACGGACAGUUGUGUUCCCUCCCCACCCCCAGCCCCAGGACCCUACACUGAAACCCCGGCAUCCAAUGUGACGGACAGUUGUGUUCCCUCCCCACCGCCAGCCCCAGGACCCUACACUGAAACCCCGGCAUCCAAUGUGACGGACAGUUGUGUUCCUUCCCCACCGCCAGCCCCAGGACCCUACACUGAAACCCCGGCAUCCAAUGUGACGGACAGUUGUGUUCCCUCCCCACCGCCAGCCCCAGGACCCUACACUGAAACCCCGGCAUCCAAUGUGACGGACAGUUGUGUUCCCUCCCCACCGCCAGCCCCAGGACCCUACAGUGAAACCCCGGCAUCCAAUGUGACGGACAGUUGUGUUCCCUCCCCACCGCCAGCCCCAGGACCCUACACUGAAACCCCGGCAUCCAAUGUGACGGACAGUUGUGUUCCCUCCCCACUGCCAGCCCCAGGACCCUACACUGAAACCCCGGCAUCCAAUGUGACGGACAGUUGUGUUCCCUCCCCACCCCCAGCCCCAGGACCCUACACUGAAACCCCGGCAUCCAAUGUGACGGACAGUUGUGUUCCCUCCCCACCCCCAGCCCCAGGACCCUACAGUGAAACCCCGGCAUCCAAUGUGACGGACAGUUGUGUUCCCUCCCCACCGCCAGCCCCAGGACCCUACACUGAAACCCCGGCAUCCAAUGUGACGGACAGUUGUGUUCCUUCCCCACCGCCAGCCCCAGGACCCUACACUGAAACCCCGGCAUCCAAUGUGACGGACAGUUGUGUUCCCUCCCCACCGCCAGCCCCAGGACCCUACACUGAAACCCCGGCAUCCAAUGUGACGGACAGUUGUGUUCCCUCCCCACCGCCAGCCCCAGGACCCUACACUGAAACCCCGGCAUCCAAUGUGACGGACAGUUGUGUUCCCUCCCCACCGCCAGCCCCAGGACCCUACACUGAAACCCCGGCAUCCAAUGUGACGGACAGUUGUGUUCCCUCCCCACCGCCAGCCCCAGGACCCUACACUGAAACCCCGGCAUCCAAUGUGACGGACAGUUGUGUUCCCUCCCCACUGCCAGCCCCAGGACCCUACACUGAAACCCCGGCAUCCAAUGUGACGGACAGUUGUGUUCCCUCCCCACCGCCAGCCCCAGGACCCUACACUGAAACCCCGGCAUCCAAUGUGACGGACAGUUGUGUUCCCUCCCCACCCCCAGCCCCAGGACCCUACACUGAAACCCCGGCAUCCAAUGUGACGGACAGUUGUGUUCCCUCCCCACCGCCAGCCCCAGGACCCUACACUGAAACCCCGGCAUCCAAUGUGACGGACAGUUGUGUUCCUUCCCCACCGCCAGCCCCAGGACCCUACACUGAAACCCCGGCAUCCAAUGUGACGGACAGUUGUGUUCCCUCCCCACCGCCAGCCCCAGGACCCUACACUGAAACCCCGGCAUCCAAUGUGACGGACAGUUGUGUUCCCUCCCCACCGCCAGCCCCAGGACCCUACACUGAAACCCGGCAUCCAAUGUAA